AUGUUCAACAAUCGAAUCUCUCAAUUGCACAUAUUUUAUCACAUUUUGACUGAAAUGAGUCCAACAAUGCAAUCACAUUCGAUACCCGAAGAAUCCUAUUGUGCACCGUGGGAUUUAGGAGUUCAAGAAGAAAAGCUAAGACUUCUCAAUGAACACCAUCAAACAUCAUCAAUAAAAAAGAAUUCGAAUACAACGUUUCACUUACCUCUCACAAAUCAACAACCAGCAAAUAUCUCUUUUCAUCGAACCUCUUCUGUACGUGGAUCAUCAAAAUUACCAUCUGAAAUUCCUCUAUUACCAUCACGUGAUUUCAUAGCGAAUUAUCAAUCCAAUCAUAAUCCAAAUAUAAAACAUGGUAAUUCAUCGUUGAAGAAACUCUCUAAUUGUUUCCAUACACAUACGACUCGAACUGGUAACAUAUCGUCACCGAAGAAAGUAACCAGUAAAUGUGAUAAUCAAGCGAUGUCAUUUGAAACAGCUUUACUUCGUUUUAAAUGUCUCAGUGCAUCUAUUCACAACAAUUCUCUACCUAAACCAGGACUUUCAUACGAACAACCAUGGCAUGAAUUUAACGCAUCACAUCUUCAUAAUCGCCAUGGAAGAUCGCUACAGAAACUCCCAAAUACCGAAGAAAUACAACAACAUUGCAUGUCACCGGCGUUCUCUUCUGAUGCUUCUUACCGACAAGCGGAUGAUUUAGCAACCGUGCCCAUCGAACGAUAUUUUUGGUAUCACUCUACGAUGACUCGACGUCAAGCGGAAAGUAUUUUAGAAUGUCGACUUUCGGGCAGCUUUCUCGUACGUCAAAGUGAAAGUGGAAAAGCCGCUGAUUAUUCGCUUUCCAUCAAAACACCAACAGGCUGUAUGCAUAUGCGUAUCUGCUACUGCAACGGUUUCUACGUUCUUGGUGAAUGUUCUCGACCAUUUUCAAGCGUCGCUUACAUGAUAAAAUAUUUUAGUCAAAUAUCUGUUCCAAUUCGUGGUGCGCCACAUAUUAAACUAGGUACACCGGUCUCACGAAACGAAUUAUUAUCAACAUCACUUAUUUCGACUGAAGAACUCUUGUGA